AUGGCUUGUGCAGAAAAUUCGGAUGAAGAUAACGAAGAUCAUGCUGACAACGUAGUCGAGGAUGAGUGUCCUACUGUUCCGAAACUUCGUGAGUUAAUAAAGAAAUUGAGAAAAAGUCCACAAAUGCGAGAAAAGCUCAAGAAAAUCUGUGAAUUGUAUGAGCAGAAAUAUCUUGUUCCUGUUAUCGAUGUCGGUACAAGAUGGGACUCGACGUUCGAUAUGAUUGAGAGGGCUAUAUACCUUAAAGCUCCAAUUGAUGUCAUGUGCUCCAAAGAAAAGAAAUUGAAAAAUCUUUCAAUAACAAGUGGAGAGUGGUCUGAAUUAAAUACUUUACGGUCUCUUCUCAAGAAGUUUCGUCGAUCAACGAAAUUCAUGAGUAUGGAACGCCAUCCGACGAUAUCUGCUUAUCUUCCAACGUUCGAGUGGAUAGUGCAAUCUGUCGAAUCAUUUAUUCGUGAAAAUCCCGGCCCCUUGGCUUCUGCUGCAAACGCUGGAUUGCUUAAGUUGAAGAAAUACCAAGAUGAAUUUCAAUUAUCCGAGUGCAAAACCAUUUACAUUGCUGUGUUCUUAAAUCCUGCACUAAAGCUAAACUACUUUAAAGAACACGGAUAUUCCAAAGGUCAUAUCAAAGACAUCCAGAAGGCUAUAUGUGAAGUACUCGAAAAUAAUUACGGAAGCGAAGCUUGCGAUACUGUUGAUAAUGGCAAUGAGAGUGAACCGGAUGAGUUUUUUUCGCAUAUGUUCAAACGCAAGUCGAGUCGAGAGCCGAAAGAAUUUCAAAAGUAUCUGAAUCAUCCAUUGUCGAAUACGAAAGUCGACGUUCUUGAUUAUUGGCGUUCUCAAAAGGACGAGUUCCCAAAACUAAGCAGAAUGGCUCAGGAUUAUCUUGCAAUUCAAGGCAGUAGUGUCCCAGUCGAACGUGAUUUUUCAAUGGGUACACACUUGGUCACUUCAACCAGGUGUUCUUUGCAUCCGAAAACGAUCAGUGCCUGUAUGUGCUUGAAAAGUUGGCUUAAAGAACGAAAGCUUCUGCCUCUUGCAGGCGACAGAAGAACCAACGGUGAAAACAAAAAUCACAAUUGACAACUAUACCUUAUCCGUCCAGCUGUUUUUUGUUCUUCGAUUCAACUAAAUUUUCCAAAUUUCAAGUUAACAAACUGUAUAAUUGUAGUGUAAGUUUACAAACUUCUUUAAAAGUGUUAAUAAAUAUAAUUGACUAAAUUCAGGUGAUGCACAAAUAAGUACGCGGCUAGAAAAGCCUGAAGGUCAUCAUUGCAGCAAACUGUUGGUCGUCGUUGUCGAGUCGUCGCUGUCGAUUUUAAUUUUAAAGGUCAUCAUUGCAGCGAGCCUUACGCCUACAAUCCGCGGAAGACUAUACUUUUAAUUUCCUGUAAUUAUUUUCGUGCCAAUAAACAACUUUACCUGAAUAUCGAAACUCAUUCCGAAUUUCCAAAAAUAAAAAAUAAAAAUCUGUUGGGAGACGAUUUGUAAGUAUGUCGGUCAAGAAAAACUAUGACACUGACUGUCAAUUCUUUUUCAAUUUAUUGGCCAACUCGACCCGACCUAUGAGACAGAUACGACCUGUGUUCUGUUUCCUUAUUUUAAAUCACAUCAAAACAAAUCAUUCAUGCUGACUUAGAUUUGAUUUUUUAGU